CUCAGACCUCCUGGCUUGGCUCAGCAGGCGGUGAUAAAAUGACCACUCCAGGACCACAUAAUGCUGUUCCAGAAGGAGCAUCUGCUCCAACAGUGCCUCCUACCUACGAAGAGACGAUGGCGAUCAAUAGUUAUUAUCCUACUCCGCCCCCUGUGCCCGUGCCAGGAGUGGUACCCGGGGCCCAGGGGAAGGGCAUGAACCGUCCUGCGUACUAUACUCAGCCUCUGGCAGUUCCUAAUCCUAAUGCAAUUGCAGUUCAGACUGUGUAUGUGCAGCAGGCCGUGUCCUUUUUUGACCGCCCCGUCCAGAUGUGCUGUCCUUCGUGUAACAAGAUGAUAGUGUUCAGUCUCUCCUAUAACGCAGGCGCCCUAACCUGGCUUUCGUGCUGCAGCCUUUGCUUAUUGGGAUGUAUAGCCUGCUGUUGCUUCAUUCCCUUUUGUGUGGACGCCCUUCAGGAUGUCGAUCACUAUUGCCUGAAUUGCAAAGCUCUUCUUGGUACCUAUAAAGGUUUGUAG